CUGCUUUACUUAAAAAGAUUGCUUUAGUUCUUUUGGUUUCGCGACUCCUCGUCCGGGAAUUCCAAAUAUCGAUAUGCUCGCGAAAUGGCUGAUCCUUUUUACAUGCAUUCACAAUGUUUUAACUGCGGAUCGGUAUUCCUUACCCGAAUUACCACCCGGCGAGGCCCCUGAGCCGAUAUUAACUUUCAUGGAAAGGGCGUACCAACCUGGACGGAGUAGAGCCGGCUUCGAAGGAGGGGAGCCACUACUUUUAACGCCUUUGAUAGAGGCGAAUAAGCUUGAAGAAGCAAGACGUGCUGCGUACGUCGACUCUGACUAUAUUUUGCCCGAUAUGGAAAGUUACGCUGGGUAUUUAACUGUAAAUAAAGAAUACAAUGCGAAUCUUUGGUUCUGGUAUUUCCCUGUCGCAGAGAAAUCAGUUGAGGAGACUCCUUGGAUUAUUUGGCUUCAAGGAGGACCUGGCGCUUCUUCUCUCUAUGGCCUCUUUACUGAAAUAGGGCCGUUUACUAUUUCAGAUGACUAUCGGAUUGAUGAAAAAAAGUACUCCUGGGGCAAGAACCACUCUCUUCUUUUCAUUGAUAACCCUGUCGGAACUGGCUUUAGCUUUACUGAUGACGACCGCGGAUUCGCAACAAACCAGACCACUAUUGGUGAAAACCUGUACACAGCGUUGCAGCAAUUCCUAACACUGUUCCCUGAACUUCGCAAGGCACCUCUAACGAUUGCAGGAGAGUCCUAUGCGGGGAAACAUAUACCUUCAGUCGCGGUUCAAAUUCUCUGGAACAAACAUCAUGACGAGCCGAUAAAUCUACAGGGUUUAGCGAUUGGAAAUGGAUUCAUUGAUCCGCUAUCGCUGCAAAGAUACAGUUAUUUCGUGCGCGAAACUGGCCUGGUCGAUGACAAAGUGGCGAACUUCAUGGUUCAACUUGAAACUGCUGUCGUUCAGUUUAUUAACUCAGGGGAAAUGCUUAAAGCAUACGCUUACUACAACUACCUACUGCAACUGUUCCUAUCAGAAUCUAAGCUGAAUAACUUAUACAACUAUUUGCAAGACGACAUAAGUUUGGAAGGCGCAUACCUCGACUUCCUUCAAAGAGACGAGAUCAGAAGAGCUUUGCAUAUCGGAAACACUAACUUCACGUCGAUCGGCGUUGUGUACAGGAAACUGGUUCCUGACUUCAUGGCGAGUGCGAAGAAUUGGUUAGAGGAGUUAUUAGAAAACUACAGGGUUAUGCUCUACAAUGGCCACCUAGACAUAAUUGUAGCCUACCAUCCAUCAGUGAACACAUAUGACUCGCUCUCUUUCUCGGGCACGUCUGAAUUUAGAACAGCUAAGCGACAUCCUUGGUACCACGACGGAAGUUUAGCUGGAUACUAUAAGACAGCUGGAAACUUAACAGAAGUGAUGAUCCGAGGCGCGGGUCACAUGGUACCAGCGGACAAGCCAGCUGCUGCUCUCGGUCUAAUCUCUGCCUUCGCCCGCAGUCUCUCCCUGGAAACAGAUACUGGAAUCCUGGUAGACGAGCAAAAAAACUUGCGAACUCACAAGCCUCCUUUCUAGGAGUCCUUGAAUCAGUGGAAAACCUAUUGCUUACAACUAUUGUUUUAACUUUAACUAAGAUAAUAAUUCGAUUUUAGAUUUUUUUUUUGUAAA